AGUCUCAAAAAGUCAAAAUUAUCAACACACAAACAUUGUUACAUGCAUAUUACGUCUGUGAAGCACGAAAAGGUUGAUUAUUUUACCAAUACAAGAUGGAAUACGUACAGGACAAGCUUACAACGGUGGCUCGGCUUGAAGGGAGACUCUCGGAACGUGGUGGCUGAAAACCACAAGCACUGUCUUGAUUUCGAGUUCGAAAAUAUUCCUGAGGACGCUGGCUUCCACCACACAUGCUACAGAAGGUUUACCGACAAAAAGGCCAUGACGAAGGUGGAAAGACGGCUCGCACGUGAGGGAGAUCAAGACGUUAGGGAGGACCUCGAGGUCGAGCCCAUCCCAUCGACGUCUAGCAGCACGUACCGAAGCCAAACAGAGAAGCUACGAUCAAGGUCAGGCCUGCCAAUUGCAGGCUCUGGCCCCGUCCUUCCUGCCCUGUGCAUUAUAUGCAAGAUGAAGGAGAAAAUGAUCAUCAAAGCAGGCAAGCGACAAAGGGAUCAACUGUGUAAGACUGAAACAUUAUCAGCAGGCAAAUUGCAGAAAGCUGCUGAGAAGAAAGAUGACCAAAGCGUUCUUUUACAUAUAAAAGACAAAGACUGUGUGGCUCUACAGGAUCUGUUGAAGAAGAGGCUGGCUCAAGAUUUCCCUCAGCUAGCGUUUCACAUGCCCACCAAGCGCAACAUCUGCGAACUGGUUUUUGCUGAGACUCUGUCAAAGGAUGCACUCGUGGACAUGCUACCAGAUCCAUCCGUGAUGGCCAUUGAGUACCCCAUUGAUGGAUCCUGGGGCAACAACUUCAGAUUCAAUGAGGAUAUCUUGCAGUCCUGCAUCUCCAAACCUUUUGCCUAG